AUGGAACGGGCAAAGCGGAAUUUGUUAAGUGUUUCAGCUUCAAUCUUUGACCCAUUAGGCUUGAUUGCUCCAAUCACCGCAAUAAUUAAAACAAUUUUUCAACUGCUUUGUAAAGACAAAUUGAAUUGGAAUGAUAUCAUUCCACCAGAUAUUGCAUUGGUUUGGGACAAAUUUUUAGAGGAAUUAAAAGGUCUCCAGGAAAUAAGGCAACAUCGGUAUGUUUUUGAUUUAGAUUUUCCUUCGAAAAAUCGAAUUAAACUUCACAGGUUUUCUGAUAGCUCCAAAGAGCUUUAUUGUGCAGUUGUCUACCUUCGGCUUAUUAGCAAUGAUGAUGGUGACUUUUCUCCCUUCAAAAACUAAAGUUGCCCCUUUUAAAACCCUUACUAUUCCUACAUUAGAAUUGUUGGGAUGUUUGUUGUUAAGUAAAUUAAUUAAAGAAGUACUUGAAGGUAUUUAGCAAGGGUUGUAUAAAGUUAGAUAAUAUAAUUUGUUGGUCAGAUUCAGAGGUUGCUUUGUGUUGGAUUAGAGGAAAGGAAAAGAGUUGGGAACCUUGGGUUGAGAAUAGAGUUGUUUCUAUUAGAAAUGUUGUGGAUCAUGAUAGAUCGAGGUUUGUUAAGGGAGAGGUUAAUCCUGCUGAUGUGCCCACACGAAUAUCUUCCAACCUGCAUGAAUGUUUUGCGGGAUGUUGGUUUUCUGGUCCUUCUUUUCUCCUGUCACAACAUUUUGAGUCCGGUGGGAAGGACAUUAGUACAGAUGGUACUAAUAGAAAUUCAGUUGAUGAGUUGAGUGUUAAGAUAGGUAAUAUUUCCGAAGGUUCUUGCUUGAAUAAUACGACACAGAACGACACUCCAGAUAAUGCGUGUUCAUUAAAUACUGUCAUUGACUGCACCAGGUACAGCUCGCUUAAAAAACUUAUUGUGACAACAGGUUAUGUGAUGAGAUUCAUCAACAACUUACGUAAGCAAGUGAAGAAACAGUCUGACGUAAUCACGGACAAUGUCCUAAAGGUUGAUGAAUACGAGACAGCGUUGUCAAUGCGGAUUAAAGAUGAACAGCUAGUCAUUAAGAGACAAUCCAUUUUCUGUAAUCUCCGCGCCUCGUUGAAUCUUUUUGACGACAAAGACGGAUGGCUACGGUUAAAAGGAUGA